AUGAGCGGGAAGUUCUUCGCGCAGGUGUCGGACUCGGAGAGCGAGUCCACGGAAUCGGAGGAGGAUUUGCAGGCAAAGCCGUCGGCCACCACAGCGUACGUACCGACCCUAUGGCUACUCGCCUAUUCGUUCAGCGAUGAGGAGGAAGAGGCGAAACGAGUGGUGCGAACGGCGCGCGAGAAGCGCUACGAAGAGCUGCAGACAAUCAUCAAACAGAUCCGUAACCACAAGAAGAUCAAGGAUAUCGCGAAGAUGUUGACGGGCUUCGAGAGCCUGGCGGAGGCACUUGUUUUACAACUCGAAGUGGAGGGCGACGACGAGGACGCGGCGCCCGCAAAGAAAGCCGAUUCGGCCAAAGAGUUGAAGUCGAAGUCCUCGAAGUUCUUGAAGGGAGACUCGGAUGACGAGUCGGACGACGAGAGCGACUGGCCGUCCAGUGAUAGCGACGAGAGCUCGUCGUCCAGUGAUGACGAGAAGUACGGCGCGAACCCUGCGCUCAAGUUCUUGAAGAAAGAGGGCGACGACAAGAAGAUUAAGGAUAAGCGACAGAAAAAGCGCGAAACAGAGCCCAAGAGUGAGGGCGACGACAAGAAGAUUAAGGAUAAGCGACAGAAAAAGCGCGAAACAGAGCCCAAGAGUGGUAAGAGAGCGGCCGAUGACGAGGACGGCGAGUGGGAAAAGGUUAAGGGCGGCGCCACCGUCUCCGAGAAGCCCAAGAUGUUCGCCAAAGACGCCGAGAUUAACCAUCAGGUGAUGGUGAAGAAGUUGGUGGAAGUGUUGUCCAUGAGGGGCAAGAAGCGCAUCGACCGCACGGAUCAGAUCGAUAUGCUGUCGGAGUUGCUGUCCAUAUCGGAACAGCACUCGUUGGGACCGGCGCUGGCCGUGAAGAUAUUGUUCGGCAUAAUCUCAUCGCUGUAUGACUACAACGCGAACAUCAACUCCUGUAUGAAGUACGAGAUGUGGGAGAAGUGUUUGGAGACGUGUGAGCGCGGCGUUGACACACUCAUCGCCAACCCGGACGUGUCGGUCGGUGAGAACAUCGCCGAGGAGUCCGAGAUCUACGUGUCGGCGCCCUAUAGAGUGCACGGCUGUGUGUUGACGCUCAUCGAGCGCAUGGACGAGGAGUUCACGAAAAUACUUCAGGGCUGCGACGCCCACUCACCCGAGUAUAUCGAGCGCCUGAAGGACGAGACCCGGGUGUGCGCUAUCAUAGAGCGCCUGCAGAGCUAUCUGGAGACCGGCGGAAGGGGUAACGCGAGUGAGUUGUGCCGCAUAUACAUCCUCCGCAUCGACCACUUGUACUAUAAGUUCGAUCCCAACGUGUUUAAGAAGAAGGCGCGGCUCCGGGAGGCCGAGGAGACGGCUGCGGGCAAACCGAAUGGCGAAGCCGUGAACGGGGAGUUCAAAAAGGUUGAGAUCGUGAUCGAGGACGAGAAGGGAGAGCCGCUGAAUAAGGGAACGGCAGACGAGGCGCCGUUAGUGACAUCGAUGGACAUAAUGAACCAGUUGUGCAAAUAUAUCUACAGCCGGGACGUGACCGAUAGGAUCCGAACGCAGGCCAUACUCUGCCAUAUCUAUCACCACGCCUUGCACCUGUUGACCAAGCUCCGGUCCCUAGACUACGAGUACAGCAUAGACAUCCAGGGUCGCGCCAAAGAGCUCUUGGCUCAGGGACUCCUUCCGCGACAGAACGAGCGAACGCCAGAGCAGGAGAAGCUGGAAAAGCGGCGUCAGAUCCCGUUCCACAAACACAUCAAUCUGGAGCUUCUGGAGUGCGUGUACUUAGUGUCGGCGAUGCUGUUGGAGAUACCGGACGUGGCGUCCAACGAGUUCUCGGUGCGCAAGAAGAUGAUCAGCCGUUCCUUCUAUAACCAGUUGCGUAAGAACGAGGAGCAGCCGCUGGUGGGCGUCCCGGAGUCGAUGCGCGAGCACGUGGUCGCCGCCUCUAAGGUGAUGCGAGUGGGGAACUGGCGUCAGUGCCAGGAGUACAUCAUCAACGACAAGAUGAACUCCAAAGUCUGGAACCUCUUCUACCAAUCGGAUCGCGUCCGGGAGAUGUUGGCCCAGAAGAUACGGGAGGAGUCGCUGCGCGCCUACCUCUUCACCUACAGCUAUGUCUAUGACUCCAUUUCCAUCGAACGGUUGGCCGAGAUGUUCGACUUGGAGACGGCGGUCGUCCACUCCAUCAUCUCGAAGAUGAUCAUCAACGAGGAGCUGAUGGCGUCGCUCGACGAGCCCACGCAGACGGCGAUCAUGCACCGCACGGAGCCCUCGCGCAUCCAAGGGCUGGCCCUACAGUGCGCCGAGAAGAUCAAUACGCUGGUCGAGCAGAACGAGCGGCUCUGGGAGAUGAAGCAGUUGCCGGUCGGCCAGUUCCAGCUGAGCACCGAACGCAGGGGUUACGGCCAGGACAGGGAGUAUAGGAACUAUAAUCGCAACGACAGGAGCGGCUAUCAGGAUAGGCAUCAGUACCGGCGCGGUUCCAACCGCCAGGACAGGGGUGACAAUAGGCAACACCACCGCCACCACAACUAUAACCACAACCGCGAUAACUAUAACCACAACCGCGACGACCGCAACCAAUAGACACACCGGAGAUUAAUAGCCAAUUGUAUUCUUGUAUCCGAUCGCCUACCUGUCCACCCGUUUCUAUUCAGACCAUUAUUAUUGUCGUAAAUUAUAAAUGACUUUUUUGUUUGAAUUAAUAAAUAAAUACUUUUUUCCACAAAACAAAAAUA